AUGCCACCGGCCAGGACACAGGCCGAGCACGAACGACAAGAACAGCGGAACAAGCUCGCCAACUCAUACCAGUCCCUCCUCACCGAGUUCUCCUCCCAUGACCUCCAAUCAGUUGGCAAUUACACCCUCGGACGACUCAUCGGCAAAGGCAGCUUCGGCAAAGUCUACCUCGCAACCCACAAACUCACCAAUGGCUCCAAAGUCGUCCUCAAGUCAGCGAAGAAGGACGAUGCCAACCUCGCGCGCGAGAUCCACCACCACCGACAAUUCCUCCACCCACACAUCGCGCGACUGUACGAGGUGAUAGUGACAGAGAGCCUGGUAUGGCUGGUGCUGGAGUACUGUCCGGGGGAUGAGCUGUACAACCAUCUGCUGGAGCAUGGGCGGAUGGAGCCGGCGAAGGUGCAGAAGAUUUUCACGCAGCUAGUGGGCGCGGUGAGCUAUGUGCAUGGAAAGCAGUGUGUGCAUCGAGAUCUGAAGCUGGAGAAUAUUCUGCUGGACAAGCAUGGGAAUGUUAAGCUGGUGGACUUCGGCUUCACGAGGGAGUACCAGGGUAGUACGAGCUACUUGCAGACUUGGUGUGGAACAGUGUGCUAUUCGGCGCCGGAGAUGCUGAAGGGCGAGAAAUAUGCCGGGGAAAAGGUUGAUGUGUGGAGUUUGGGUAUCAUCCUGUAUGCGCUGCUAUGCGGAGAACUACCCUGGGAUGAGGACGAUGACGGAGCGACCAAGGCGCGGAUACUGAAGGAGGAGUUGGAAUACCCAGACCACAUACCCGAGGGUGCUGUGCAGCUCAUGAAGAAGCUGUUAUCGAAGCGGCCCUUAAUCCGGCCACCACUUUCGGAUGUGCUCAAGGAUCCUUGGCUGGCCGAGUUCGCACCGCAGCAGCAGGAGAUUCUCAAGGUCCAGCAGCCAGCUCCCUUCUCCACACAGCUCGAGAAAGACACGCUCCAGCGCAUGCGAAGUGCCGGUGUCGAUAUCGACAUGGUCAUCGAGCAGGUUCUAUCGCAGCGGUGCGAUGGUCUCGCGGGCUGGUGGGCACUACUGAUCGAGAAGGAGCAGCGGAAGGAGAAGCGACGAGAGCGGAAGCGCCGUGAUCGCGAAGCAGAGGCGAAGUCGAUCCGCCGGCUAAGCGCUGCUAGUGGCAGGCUUUUGUCUCUCGGCGGGAUCCACGAAGAUGAAGAGGGCAACGUCCUCGACUCACCCAGCGCGCGUGGCAGGCGAAUGACACGAGCGAACGGCAAUGCAGCUCAUGCCACGGAUCUACCCAAAGUAGCUGAAUCGAAGACGCCAACACCGGAACCAGCAGAGGGAGUUGAACCUCCUCCGAAGGAGCUCCCACGACAGGAGAGCCGAUCUCGAAGUCGACCGCCACCUCCGCCAAAAGACUACCACAUCACACCACCACGAAGACCACGAAAUGUGUCACGAGGUAGUGGCAGCAUGCUUCGGAACGUGACCACAAAUCCGGACCUCCUCAGUCCGACGUAUGUGCCACCUCCGCAGCGAAAGCGGCGCACCAUCAUGCAACAACCACUACGUGAGCAGAUCGCGUGGGUCAAGCACUGGUUUAAGGAUGGAGGCUACAAAAUCGGCAAGUCGCCGAACGAAGGAGCCAGGAAGGACGGCAAUCAUACGCCUCAACUUGGAGCCAAUGGACAGGCUGGAGUGUCACAUGGUGAGUUGCGAGAUCUCAAGCGGACGGCCACGGGCAACAUGAUCCUGCAACAGCAUCGAAAGGCAAGCAUCGGGCAAAGACCAGCCCUGGAAACUCGAGCCACAUUACCUGCUCGACCACGAGUAAACACCAACAGCACCGUCACCAGCAGCGGCAGCAUCCAGCGAAAACGACAAAGCCUCAGCCCGCACACCAUGACACCCCACUCCUCCAUCCGCCGCCCCUCCGCCGGCCUCCGCGGUCGCAAGUCCACCUCCAGCUCCGUCUCCUCCAUCCGCACAGCCUACCAGGGCACGCAUCAACACUCCCACUCCAAAGCCUCCAGCACGUCCAGCGCCUCCAUCGCCUCACCCUCAGGUCUGUCUUCGGCCUCUGGCUCCCGUCUCGGCCGCUCCCCGCACGCUUCGGUUAAAGUACUGCCGUCUACACCAACUGGCGGCGCCUUUCCAUCUGGUAUUCGCGUAUCCAGACGUCCUCCGCCGUCUGGGUUGGGCAGCUUACCGAGUUUCAACGAGGCGAGAGGGACGUUCACCUCCGUCCCCGGGUCGCCGGGCCUACCCGUCUUUGCGCGAAGGAAGCGAUCCGUCUUCAAAGGUCCCGGCCUCUCAGGCUCACCGUCCGGCUUCGCGCGCACGUCGAGUAGUCGACCCACCAGCGUCGGACCGCGGAAGAGCGGCGAGAUGAUCCCCGGAAUCACCGAAGAAGACGAAGAUGAAGAUAUGGAAGUAGAAGAAGUGGAUCAAUUCGGUCCGGAACUCGUGCUUUCUACUCACAUCAACGAUGCUGCGCGCGAGGAAAGCGAGGCGGUGUACACGGAGCCGGUGAGUCCGAUUAGUCCGCUUCCUCGCACACAGCAUGACGAGGUAGUGGGGAACGGGAGCGGAGUUGUUCCGUUGACGGCGGAGGCGCUGCGGGUUAAGGAGGAGGAGGAUGAGAGGGUGGAACGGCAGGCUAGUGGAACUGGUGUAUGA